AUGCGAAGCCUGCGCGUCGAGUGCGACCGGCUCAUCUACAAGCACAUGCAGAGUGAGGACGCGCAACAAAUGCCCAACGCCGCCCCGCAAGCAGAAACGUCGUCGGCUUACAACACUGGCGGAGAGAGCUGUCGAUCCGCUACCGUAACCCCGGAUGGGUGUGUGCCGCUUCUUUUGCACCAUCAACGGCAACCGAUGCAGCAGGCGAAUGUUCAGAAAUUUACACCGGCCAGAGAAGAUCCCCGUCGUGAAUGCUGUCCUCCAUCCCCUUCCCAUGUAAAAAGACGGUGUGACGGCACGCGAUAUGUCGUCAAGAGGCCAGUUCGGAAUCAGGUCCUGAAAAAGCGAGAAGCCCAGCUGAACAAGGAGAGAACCGGCAUCAGCACCGACGAUGAUGCCUUUAGUGGCGUUAAGUUGGGGCACUAUUUCUGCCGGGAAGACCGGAAGAAGCAGCUUGAGCACGAGCGAAUGCGGAAGAUACGGCAUGAGCAGCGAAUCAACCAGGCUAAGCUGGCCAAUACGGACAAGCUAAUUGUCGACAUGGCCUACCGUAAGAUGGCGCGACGCCAGGCUCCCCUUGACGCGUUCACCUCAACCCGAGAAUACCUCUCGCAGCGCCACGAGCAACAAGGACCCCCGCCUCCAGCACCGAUUCUCGCUGUUACUACUGUA